AUGUUUCUUCUUCUCUGCCGCAGACUGAGCACCAUGGCUCUCGAUGGGUUCAGAGCCGCUGUCAAGCAAGGGAGCCUGACAGACGCGAUUUCUAGUGUGCAGGAGAGAACACUGGAGUCGUUUAACAGCCACACCCUCAACAUUGCCGUCACGGGGGAGUCGGGCUCUGGGAAGUCCUCCCUCAUCAAUGCCAUGCGGGGGCUACAUGCUGGUGAUGAAGGCGCUGCUGAAACCGGGAUGCUCGAUACCAUGACAGAGCCGAUGGCUUAUCCAGAUCCCGUCCUCCCAGGCGUCACCCUCUGGGACCUGCCAGGGGUGGGGACAUCCUCUUUCCCUCUAGACAGCUACUGUAAGCAGCUCAAUUUGAGCCGAUUUGAGUUCUACAUUAUCGUCGGCUCUCAACGCUUCCGCUCCGACCACGCCAGGCUGGUCAGUGAGAUCCAGAGAAUGAGCAAGAGGUUCUACUUUGUGCGCUCCAAAGCCGACAUGGACCUGGACGCUUCCAGGAGGCAGCGUCCCUCCAGCUACAACGAGGAGAGGAUCCUGCAGCAGAUCAGGGAGGACUGCAGGAGAGGCGUAGAAGCUGAAGGAGUGGGCCACCCACAGGUUUUUGUCGUAUCCAGCUGGGAACCCAACCGCUACGAUUUCCCACUCCUGCGACAAACUUUGCAGACGGAGCUGCAGAGCCUGAAGAGACACGCCUUCCUGCUUAGCCUGCCUGCUGUCGCCUCGCCCAUCAUCAACCAGAAAAAAGCCGCCCUGAAGGCGGAGAUUUGGAAAAUAGCC